AUGGAAGGGCAGUUGGAGAAAGCGAUUGACAAAGCCCUUCAUCUGCCCGAGAUCGAUGGCGUAUGCGUGAUCGACUGCCGGGGAUUUUGUAUUGCUGCGCGUGGAACCUUGUCAUCAGAAGGAUCUGCGAUUUACAAACAGAUCUUGGCCGCUGCCAUCAAGAUGGACCAUGAUGAAUCCGAAUUCCCGACUGUGACGUUGACGACGGAGAGCGGCGACAAAAUCUUCAUCCAGGAACAGAGCGACGUGAUCGUGGCACUAAAUAUUAAGGGUAAU